AUGGCGAAAGUUUUCUGUGAUUUUCGGUUCCUUCUCUUGGUAGCAGCUGGCGUCUUCAUCUAUAUCCAGAUGAGGCUUUUCGCAACACAAUCAGAGUAUGCUGAUCGCCUAGCUGCAGCUGUAACUGAACUCCUCCACUUCUCAUAUAAAUCUAUUGAAGCCGAAAACCAUUGUACAAGUCAAAUGCGAUCACUGAUUGACCAGAUUAGCUUGCAACAAGGACGAAUUGUGGCCUUAGAAGGCUUUAGAAACUCUGUUAUUUAUCGGGGGCAUGAAUUUUCUCUGGUGACGUUUGCAAUCCAGAAUAUUCAAGCUCAUGAGUUGAUGGGUGUGACUGGCAUAUGGACAUUGUCUGACCAUUCUUAG